AUGGAUUUCCCCCAAUUACAAGCAAAGAUUGUUCAUGUCAACAAUGUCUUCCACAACCUCGCUGCGGAUGUUGAUUUGAAUGACCCGUCUUAUAUUUUUUCCCUUUGCUUCAUUGCUUUCAAUCCCAUCUUUUGGAACAUUGUUGCUCGCGCCGAAUACAAUACCCACUUCCUUACAAAAUUAUUCGGAUCUGCUCGCCGUGGUUGUUAUUUCCUAGCAUUUACCAUUUUUUCUCUUGGUAUUGCCCGUGACUUUGUAUAUGAACGUGCUCUUGCUGCCCAGCCAACUUCCCAACUUCUUCUUUCCUAUCCACUUCUUACAAAUUACGUGUCGGUAGCACUUUUUGCUUACGGGAACAUUUUAGUUUUGUCUUCAAUGUAUGCCCUUGGUGUCACCGGUACAUACUUGGGAGACUAUUUUGGAAUUCUAAUGGACCACAGGGUUUCAGGUUUCCCAUUCAAUAUCAGUGAUAACCCAAUGUACCAAGGUUCUACUUUGUGUUUCUUAGGGACCGGUUUGUGGUAUGGUAAACCGGCCGGGAUCUUUGCUUCUUUGCUCGUGCAUUAUAUGUACAAUAUCGCUCUAUGGUUUGAAGAGCCAUUCACCGGAAAAAUUUAUGCCGAAAAGGCGGCCAAAGAUGAAAAAGAGGCUGCCAAAAGCGAAACAGAAGCUAAGAAUGAAUAA